GGCUCGGUGUUGCCGUUGCAUAGGCGGUCAGGGUGUCAGGGGCUCGCUCCAUCGCCUCCAGACUGAAAAGAACAACGCCAAAUGUCGAGAAAGCGGAUUCUAUUCAUCCACCCAGACCUGGGAAUCGGAGGGGCUGAGAGGCUCGUCAUCGAUGCUGCCGUAGGACUCCAACAGAGGGGUCACACGGUAACACUUUACACCUCUCACUGUGAUCAAAGACACUGCUUUGACGAAGCCCGCGAUGGAACGCUUGACGUUCGUGUCGCUGGGAAUACAAUCCUUCCACCGAACCUUUUGGGACGCUUCAACAUUCUCUGCGCCAUAUUACGACAGGUCCACCUCACGCUGACCUUGCUCCUCACGGGUGAGAUAUCGAAGCACGACUAUAUUUUCAUCGAUCAGCUCUCAGCCGCGAUCCCUUUGCUUCGCUUCUUCUCGCCGCCAACCAAGAUUCUGUUCUACUGCCAUUUCCCCGAUUACCUGCUCACCGCGAGGGCUUCAUUCAUCAAGAGUCUUUACCGUAUCCCCUUCGAUUGGUUUGAGGGCUUCACCACCGGAUUGGCCGACACGAUUGUCGUCAACUCGGCUUUCACAAGAUCCGUCUUUGCCACCGCAUUCCCGAGGAUCGGGCUUGUUCCAAGGGUGGUGUAUCCGUGCGUCACUACUGCUACCAUCGCUUCGCCCUCGAGGGCUAUCGAUAGCGAUCCGCCCCUCCCGGGUGAUGGGAGAAAGGUGAUACUCUCCAUCAACAGGUUCGAACGGAAGAAGAAUAUAGAUCUGGCAAUAGCCUCGUAUUCCCUGCUCGCCCGGGAGCAGAGGGGUCGAUCGCGCUUGGUCAUCGCCGGAGGCUACGAUGCCAGGGUCUCGGAGAAUGUCACCUACCAUAGCGACCUGGUGAUGCUUUGUGAGAAGCUAGGCCUCAGAUCCGCCACUUCGCGAAAUUUUAUAUCGAGCUUAUCGGUGCCGGAGGAUACGGAUGUGCUGUUUUUGCUUUCCAUCCCGGCGACACUCAAAAAUUAUUUGCUCAGGACGGCCUCGCUCCUCGUCUACACUCCUGCUCAAGAGCACUUUGGCAUCGUUCCGCUGGAGGCCAUGAUUGCUGGUGUUCCCGUCCUAGCGCACAACUCUGGUGGACCCUUGGAAACGAUUGAGGAAGGGAGGACGGGUUGGCUAAGGCCAGCGGAAGGUGUGCAAUGGGCUGCGGUGAUGCGAAUGGCAUUGUUCGAGAUGGAGGAGGGGGCCGUUCUGGACAUGGCUACGCGUGGAAGGGAAAGGAUUAUCGAGUUGUUUUCAAGGGAGAAAAUGGCUGAGAGGUUGGAUGGUGAAUUUGAUGAGAUUUCAGACAGGAGAUCUAUCAGGGGGUUGGUGUUGACCGUAUUGGCUGGGAUGGGAGUGGUGAUUGGAUUGGGGGUUGCGUUUGCAUUGAGAAGUUGAGAUGGGGUGGCAUUUGGUGCCGGUACAGUGUUGUAGAAUACCUCCGGGUUAGAUAGAGAGUUUGCAGUGGCUUGUGCCCGAAUCGCCGGACUGAAGUUAUGUUUUUUUGUUUUUUUUUUGCAUGUUAAAAUACUCCAGCGACUUGAGUAUGGUCCCGUACUGGUAGUUGGUGACACUCUCGCGCUGGGCGGUAAUGAUCAAGCAUCGAGUUUCCUCAUUUGCGCUACUUGCCACGCACGGACUAAGAAAAUCUGGCUAGAAAUACCUCACCUACACCUACUCGUACACCUAAAAGCGAGAAAUUACUCCUCCAUCCUUCUCACCGCCUUCCGCUCCUUACCACACCUCCCAACCAACUCCUCCCGAUCCACCACCUCUUCUUUUCACAAACCACUCCACAAUGGAAGAACUACGCCAAGUUCUGAGCGACGCCGGCAUCAAACCCAACGCCGUAGCAUUCACCCUACUCGGUCGCCAAUACACCGUUCUAUCAACCAUCCGCCUCGUCGUCUGCGUCUGCGGCUAUCUAGUUCUCCGUCGCGCCUUCCUAAUCUACGCCCGUAAAGCGCACAUGAAGACGCUCGAGGAGAGCGAAUCGCAGGUGGAGGAGGAGGUCACGGUGGAUAAGGAUAAGCCUAUCCCUCUGGAUUACGAGAGCGAGGGGGAGGGGUGGGGGAGCAAAGCUAGGAGGAGGCAGAGGGAGGCGAUAAAGAGGGCGGAGAGGGAGGCUGAGAGGAGGAAUUUGGAGGAGGAGAAUGGGGGGAUUGACAAGUAUUUGGAUUAAGAGGCUGGCUAGCUUCUUGGUGUCGUGAUUGCAUCGGGGAGUUCAAUAUAAUUUAUUUAUCCUUGUAUCGCCGACGGGGAGGGAGGAUUCGCGAACUACCUCCUGUUGUAGCGCCCGGCAUCAAAAGUCGACCUCUUUUGUUCACUUUUCUUCUUACGUACUUGUAGUGUGAUAAUACAUACGAAAAUAUAGUGCUUUGGUGUAAACUCAGA